AUGCCAUGUCCUGGGACGCUUCCCUCCCAGCUCGAAGACCGAUCCGUUUCGAAGAACACAGUUUCGAGUGUGCUUGAGCCCGAUCUUCUUCGUGGCCUACCGCUGCACGAAGCGCUGUCUGCGUGGGGUCACCACUGGCGAAAUGACGUGACACCCAUGAGCUACGCGCUCAGCCGUCCCACCAACGCCUUUGAUGGCUUCCUCAGCCAUGAUUGGGCCUCGAGUGGUUGGCUAAAGUUUCUUUCCCUACUGAUCAUCUUCAACUCAGGUGCUGCCUUUUGGUCGUGCCUCGUGGUCAGUGUAUUGGUGGGCAUUCUCCGUGGUUACGGUUGUCUUCCAGAUGAACCCUGGACUGUGGCGUUUGGCCACUUCAUCUACUUCUUCGUCUUUUUCUUCUGGCAGCGGCUGCAAAUGCCUUGCCGGCACUCUCGGAUGAUGUUUCUGGACAAGGUGUGCGUGGCACAGCAUGACGAUGAGUUGAAACACAAAGCAAUUAUGGGACUGGCUGCGUUUUUGCUCAAUUCGCAGGAGCUGAUUGUGCUGCUGUCAUCGAGGUACUUUACGAGAUUAUGGUGCGUUUUCGAGAUUGCCACAUUCAUGAAGGAUCCGGAGCGACGUAAGCAUAUACGCUUGAUGCCGUUGAAGAGCACUGUUUUGCUCCUCUUGGUGUCUGGAUGUUGGUAUUUCUUGAAUAUUGGCUUCAACGCGACUAAAUUGGUUUUCUGGAACUAUGACGCGGAUGAGUCGGGUUUCCUGUUCGAGACAGUGGCUGCAAUCGUAUCCAUGGUUUUUUUCUGUUUCGUCUUGCUGCCCAUUGCCUUCUACGUCGGCAUGGAGAUGAGCGAGGACAUGGAGGUUAUGCCACAGCAGCUGCGAAAUUUUCGCGUGCAGGACGCGAAGUGCCUCUGCUGCUCCAUCGACCAUCGAGACCCCGUCACGGGAGCACGGCUUCCUUGCGACCGAGAGGUGCUGUACGCCACGAUGAAGGAGUGGUAUGGCGGAGAUGGUGCAGGAGACGAGGGCGACUACUUGGAAACGUUCAGCACCCUUGUUCGCGAGAAGUUGGCUGCCCGAGUGGAAUUCCUUGUGGGUGGCUUCACGUUGCCAAUGACGUACUUGGUCUACAUGGUAGUGGGGAGCAGCGUGCCUUACCUGGCAGAUCACGUCGCUUUGGCCAUCUCGUGGUUUCCUUAUCUAUCCGGUCUUGAUCUCUUUACUUGGAUGCUGCGGGACCUUGUAGAUUGGGGCAUGGCUCCUGUCACAAGCCUGUUGACAGCGAAAACUUGCUUGCCGCUGCUGAAGCUGGGGUUGCAGCUGCGGUGGAACAACUCCCAGUGUUGCCGCUGGAGUAUUGCAUUCCUGUUGACCUUCGUGAUGAGCAUCUUUGGAUCUUUGAUCUGGGCCCCGACACACGUGUUUUUAUACAUGACAGAAGAGGGCGACUUACUCCCGGUGAUCGCCUUCUCGGUGCUGGUGCUGUUAUCCUUGGGUCUUUGUGCCCCCGGCCGUCGAUGGCUGGGGAUACUGAUGUGGAGGAGCCAUGUUGAUGUGAAGACAGACGGCACAGGCGAGGUGUCAGCCACGGUUUAG